AUGGUGGCUCUGAUGGGCAGAGGUGGCCAGUGGGUGGCACUCCGAUGGCGGCCGGGUGGAGCCGGUGGCCGGGCGGCUGUGUUUGGGCGACGGUCGAGUUGGGCGGCUGUGUCCGGGCGGCGGUUUCCUGCGACGGCGGCGGCGGCUAUAGAAAAAGGAGCCGGCAGAGCUGGCAAGUGGCCGGAGCGGCGACGAGGGUCGGCGGGGCCGGCAGGGUCCGGCGGGGAGCAGCAGCGGCGGGGGCCAAGGAGCGGGGCAGAGCGGCGAGUUGAAGGGCCGCAUGCAGGCUGGGCCGAGGUGGCUGCUGGAGGCGCCGCUAGCCGAGGGGGCAGACGGUUGGCGAAGGCUGGCGGCGGGAGGACGGCGGGGGCCUCAAGGGGGCGGACUGACAGGUCCGACAAGCGUUGUACGGCGGCUGGACUGUUAGGUCUGGUACCCUAA